GUACUAGAGGGAUUAGGGUGGUAGAAGAAAAAGGGCUCUCCUCUCUCUCUCUCUCUCUCUCUCGUUCCCGCUGUAGAGUUGAAUUCUUCUCUUCACGUCCUUUUGUUUCUGAUCAAGUUCAUCGAUUCUAUACUAAAUUUGAGAGGCAUAAAAAACGGCUAGAAGAAGGGAAUUAAAGAUGUGGGAUCUAAACGACUCGCCGGACGAAGCGGCGAUCGUGCUCCAAGAAUCGGAAGAAAAGAGGAAACGGGUCGGAUCCGGGUCGGGUUUCCCGGUGACCCGGGAAUUCUUUCCGGUGAAUAAGGAGCAAUGUGGGGUGGUGUCGGAUUCAAGCGGAUCCGGUCGAGCAGAGGACACGUCAUCACCACCGACGAAGAAAAGCCGCCGCGGGCCCCGCUCUCGCAGCUCCCAGUACAGAGGAGUCACCUUCUACCGACGAACCGGAAGAUGGGAGUCUCAUAUCUGGGAUUGUGGGAAGCAAGUGUACUUGGGUGGAUUUGACACGGCACAUGCAGCCGCCCGUGCGUACGAUCGGGCUGCGAUAAAGUUCCGAGGAGCAGAGGCCGACAUAAAUUUCGACAUCGAAGAUUACAUGCACGAUUUGAAGCAGAUGAGCAAUCUGACGAAGGAGGAGUUCGUGCAUUUCCUUCGGAGGCAGAGCACGGGGUUCCCGAGGGGCACCUCCAAAUUCAGAGGGGUCACUCUGCAUAAAUGUGGAAGAUGGGAGUCUCGCUUGGGCCAAUUUCUCGGCAAAAAAUAUGUCUACUUGGGUCUCUUUGAUUCCGAGAUUGAAGCUGCAAGGGCUUAUGAUAAAGCUGCGAUUAAAUGUAACGGGAAAGACGCCAUCACCAAUUUCGAUCCCAACAUAUACGAGGAAGAGCUCGACUCUGAUACGAUGCCGCACGAUACAUUGGAUCUGAGUCUGGGAAAAUCUACAUGCACUGGUCAAAAUUUCAGAUUCGGUAACGAAGCAAAGGGUCCGAGUGAAGAGAAGAGGAACGGCGGCGAGGGGAGAUUAGGGAGUGAUCUCUCGCUAUCGAUAAGAGCCGUAGGAUCAGGACAGCAGAGGCAAUCGGACGGCGGUGGUAAGCCCAAGUCGUUGGUUGCAACAACUGCUGCAGCAUCAUCAGGAUUCCGUACUCCUUGCUGGCUGCACUCUCAUGGCCUCCCUCUUUAAUUGAUUUUUAAUCAUCUUCUUAAUCAUCAUUACCAACCAUUAACCAUUUGUCCUUCGCAUCGUCCCCUACUCUAAUCGUAUUUUCUCGUAAGUAAUUUAAUUGGAUCAGGUUCCUGUCA